GAGGCUGCUGGGAGGCUGCGGAGCCCUGGGCAGCGCGAUGGCAGCGGCACCGGCGGCGGCGGCGGCUCGCGGCGCGCUCCCGGGCCGGCUCUCCGUGCUGGCUUGGGGCCUGGCGCUGUGGUGCCUGUGCGGGGCGGGCCCGCUGUGGAGUGGCAGCCACGAGUGGAAAAAACUAAUUCUGACCCAGCACUGGCCCCCAACAGUCUGCAAGGAAGUUAACAGCUGCCGAGAUACUCUGGAUUAUUGGACAAUACAUGGACUAUGGCCUGACAAAGCAGAAGAUUGCAACCAAUCCUGGCACUUUAACUUAAAUGAGAUUCAGGACCUUUUGCUAGACAUGAAGAUCUAUUGGCCCGAUGUGAUUCACCCAUCUUCUAAUCGCAGCCGAUUCUGGAAACAUGAGUGGGAUAAGCACGGCACUUGUGCUGCACAGCUGGAUGCCCUCAAUUCCGAGAAGAAGUACUUUGGGAAGAGCCUGGAUCUGUACAAGCAGCUUGACCUCAACAGCAUACUGCUAAAAUUUGGGAUCAAGCCGUCUAUCAAUUACUACCAGCUUGCAGAUUUCAAAGAUGCACUUACCAGAAUCUAUGGCGUGGUGCCUAAAAUCCAGUGCCUUCUGCCAGAACAGGGAGAGAAGGUGCAAACCGUUGGUCAGAUAGAGUUAUGCUUCACCAAGGAGGACUUCCAUUUGCGGAACUGUACUGAGCCAGAUGAGCAGCUGUCCUCCAACCGGGAAGCCUGGCCGGCCAUGGGCACUUCCACACACGGGAUGAUGGUCUGUGAAGAUGGUCCAGUCUUCUAUCCUCCACCUGCAAAGACCCAACACUGACGUUCACGUUUAGGAAAUAGUGAAUGUUCCACAAAGAAGUCAGUGGACUCGGGCGUCCUGUUUCGUCCUAUGAGUUAAGAUCCAUUAUUUUCAUGAUGGUUCCAGUGGGAGUCCCCGGCUGGUGUCUGUGUCUGCUUCUCAUGUGUCCCCAGAUCCUGCCUUUCCAGGGAGACAAGCACUGUUCUGUACACACAUUUAUGUCUGAAUUGACCUGCAUAUGCAGCACACCACAAGUUCAUGCCAGUUCCAAUUCUAAUCUAUUAGCAAGAGGAUUUUUAUGAUCAUUUCCCUUUCCAUCUCAGCCCCCGUUUCUCUAUUAGUAAACCUGGCUGCUCUUAGUCCCUUCAGUGUCUUUGCUUACUUAAUGGAUCCACUGCUUAGAGCUGAGCUCCUGCUUGCCGCCUCUGCCUCUCCAUGUAGAUGAGCAUGCUCUGACUCCACACUGAGCUGCUUUCAUUCUUCACCAUCCUGAGUCUCUGAUACCCAGAAAAAGGGAGGAAAAGGAAGGAAGAAAAAUGUUACCAACUUUCAGUGCUUCGUUUUCACAACCUGUAUCAUGUGCAUUCCCACGCACUAAAAUUCUUGCAGAUGUAAAAUGCAAACAGUAGCAUCAGAGAACACGGUCCAUGUGUAGCAAUACUAGAUACGCUCUAAGAGCUCACACCUGGCUGAACAUUUGUCCAGACACCCUGCUGUAAGGUUCUGCAGAGGGCUAAGUGCAGGAAGAUUGCAUUGGACAUUUCUUUGCCCCCAAGUAGAUGGACUCUAGGGUGGAGUUCACAUCGAGAACCCCUGGAGGCUGAGGACUGAGGCUGUUGCCUCCUCUGCAGAGCUGAAGGAACAUGACCUGUUUCUUUACCAUGCUUCAAUACCAUCUUUUACAUAACUUGUUCCUACCUUCUGCGUGCUGUUCUUAAUGUUUCCUGGCCCUCUUGGGCUGUUUGUACCUCCCUAACCCCGUGGAAAGAUGGAAGCCGCUCUCCAGGCAGCCUCCGGCAGCAAAGCACAACAGAGCUCGUCAGCGGAACAGGGAGGGUUCAAGGGAAGGCCGAGCAAACAGGCGAUGUUCCCUUGUCAAGAGCUGGCAGGAGAGAAAUGGCCUUGAGCUGCUGGAGAGACGCUGCUGCUGUGAUGACAUCUGUACGGAGUCUCUUAGCACAACACAGUAGAGCCACACUACUCCUGUCCAAGCCCUGGGGCCUCCUCACAUGGGUGAAGUUUGAAUCUUCCAUUCGGCAUACUCUUCUCCAGGAUGGCUCUAUGGUGACCCUCCCUCUUAGACUUCCCUUGUGGUAGGUGGUGGUUGCCUUUGUGGGGGACCUUCCCCCACUUUUUCCAGGGUACUCUUGAGGACAGAGGUUUAAGAAAUAUUAGUUGGAAUGAUAGGCCUAGUCAAUGAGAAGAAAGAAACACUGGAUAGCUUUGGGAGGACCUGGGUCAAUACCCAGUGGCCCAGAACUUUAUUCAGAAGGGCUUUUUAUAAAAAUGCCAAGAGGCAAGACAAAACUCCUCCCCCUUGCUAGAUACCGCCAAGUGCAGAGCCUUCCAAACACUUAGUACCCAGGCCCGUGGUCCAAUCAUCCUCUUACACAAUCCUGCUAGUAAAGCAAGCUCAGAUCUCACUACGAAACCUCUGUGGGCUCCCACAUGUUCUAAGACCCCCUCCUCUUUGACUUGCUACAGACUUCUGAGGAGCAGAUGGAGGAAGACAAAUUUGAGAAUGAUGGACAGUUACUGCAUGGUCAGUAUCUGUCAGUUUGGUUGCUUGUGUGCCAUGCCUUACUGGCUUUACCCCAAAUGAGAAGCCAGUAAAAGAAACACGAUUCCUAUAUAGGCCUCUGGUGAAACUAUGUCAUGUACCAGGACCCAGGCAAGACUUUGCCAAGGUGCUACCAAGUCAUCACCAAUCUGACCUCAGCCCCUCACCAGCUGUGCCGGGUCUUCUGUAAGCUGUUUGGUGGAUCAAGGUCAGAUACCAAGGCUAGUCUCCAGCCACAGUCCACAUCCCCAUUUUCUCUCUGAUUCCGAGACAUGGUUUUAUCCUUUUAAAGUUGCAUGUGCUUUUUAUUGGGAUGGUUAAUCAGUAGACAGAAGUUCAGGAAAUCCUGAACAGAUGCAUCUGGAUGUUCCUGUGUCAAGAAAACCCAUGACAACUAAUAAUGCCAUCAAUAAUAGUUUGUGGGGCUGUUUUAAAGUUAGUAAUACUAAGUUAGCAUUUGUGAGUGGAAAGCAGAGAAUGUGGCUGGGGGCAGCACACAGGCCAUAGGAGAGGGGCAUUAAAAUGAGUACACACAGUCUCAUAAAAUCUGCUGUGUAGGUAUUUAUGUGUGUAUAUGUGUGUGAACACAUGGCAUGGCAUGCAUGUGGAGGUCAGAACAGAUUUUGGGAGUCGUCUUUCACUUUGUAGAUAAUUGGGGAUUGAACUCGGGUUGUCAGGCUUAGCAAGAGCUUUUACUCCGUGUGCCAUCCUGUUGGCCUCGGAGUAACAUCGUAGCUUAAGAAAAAUGUCCUUGAUUCUGGCCUGAAGGACGUGUGAUGCCGAGAGUGAUCAUGAGAAACGGAAAAGCACCCAGAGGAUGUAGAAGGAUCAAUUUAGACAUUCUCAUAAAAUCGUCAUGCUGUACUUCCUCUCAACAACGCUGGAACACAGCAACAGGAAGGCUUCCAUCUGCGUGAUGCAGGGCUUUUGAGUGACAGGCCCUUUUGUGGCCCGGUAGUGCACCACCUGAGGACCUGAAAUACUGGACACUCAGAGUCAUGAAAGAAAGACCGUGAGCAGUGAAUCCAAGUUCUUUGUGUCUCACACCAAAGAAGAUUAGAGACUCAAACGAUAAUGGUGUUAUGCAAAGUGAGAGCAAGCUUUAUUAAGAAUUAUUACAGGAAAGUGGGAAACUGAGGAAAAGUGAGAGCAACUCCCAAGAGUGGGAGGGGUUUCAAGAAAGGAAAGAAGCCCUUGAAUGUCCUUUGUCCAAGAGUUUUAUAGGGCAGCAGUAGAAACUGGACAAAUGCUGAGGCAAUCCUGAUUGAGAUUGGUAGAUUUUCUGAGUCAUCAUGGAGGGUGCAGACGGAAGCCCACACAUUCUGUGCACGUCCCCCUGGCUCCACCAGGUGAUGGUGAUGUGAUGUUCAUGUGCUUCCCAGCCACCCAGGUGUAGUUCGGAGCUUUCUCUGCCCAUGUCUGACUCUGGCUUUGACCGUGACUGUCUUAGCUGUCUCUUGGCCAGUGUUACUACCCUCCGACCUUGCUGUGAAUUAUACUACACCUUCGCAUGACCAGCUUGUAGCUUUACCAUGGCAGAGAGUUAACUCUAUCAUGGCUGCUAGGGUACAGUUUGUGUGUGUGUGUGUGUGUGUGUGUGUGUGUGUAUGUAUGUAUGUGUAUAUAUAUAUAUAUGUAGUGGGUAGCCAUUCCAGCUUUGAUCUGGAAGUUCCAACCCCCAUGGAGGCUUAGGUAGCUGUCACGCCUACAAGGCGGGGCUGAGAGAGGACCCUGAAUACCUGAGAUCUGGAUGUGCCAGCUCUCUCGGUUCCUGGAACCUGGACGCUGGAGACAGACCGAGCAGAGUUCUCCAGACCGCCGGACUGCGCUACACCUUUCCCAGACCCUGUAGCCUAUCCCUUCACUUGUAAGUUACCCCACAAAAUAAACAUCCCUUUUAACUAUG